AUGUCGGGCUUCCUGAGCAAGCUUGAGGAAGCAAGAAGAGUUGUGGGUGAACCCAACUUCAUUGGACCACAAGCAGCCAAAGCACUCCUGGAAGAAGAUCCGAGUGCCCUCUUGCUGGACGUGCAGGAUCCCGGAAGCGAGGUCCUGCCGGGUGCGUACAACGCGUCCUUGGGCACUCUCUUCUUCAAGGCCAGCUCUGAUCUCGAGGAAUUCAAGGAUGCGACGAUCGCGGAUCGUCCCAGGGAUUCCCUGAUCAUCGUCACAUGCAUGUACGGAGGGCAAGCUGCGCUUGCAGCACAGCUCUUAUGCGAAUACGGCUAUGCGAAUGUCAAGGUGAUGCAGGGAGGCAAUGAGGACGCUCGCAAGACCUACUCUGACAAUCGACUCUGGAAGUGGGUGGCCUUGCAGCGAGAGAUCUUCGAGGCCGGGGCCGACUUUUAUGGCUCUGCCAGAAGAGCUCGAGUAAAAUUCAUUUUGUUGGUCGUCUUCGUCUUUGAUUUGCGGACCUCUGUGAAAGGGCGCGCUGAAGUACGUCAAGGCCUCCAGUUUCGUUUUGACGCGAGAGCAGAUCGCUCGUCCCUGAACCUUUGCACCGGUGCCUGGCUGCUGGCACAUGUUGUGGAGUGGUAUGCCACCUGCAGCGUGCUUGAAGAAGAGAAUGCUGCGCAGCAGAUUCGUUUCUUCUGUGAGAAGUUCGGCUUGUACCUGAGCCAUCCGCCACAGAGCCGCGGUAUGGAUGGGUUCUUCUGUGCGACCCUGGAGCGGCGGUCGGGUGGUGAAGCCAAAAUCGCUUGGAGCAAGUCUUUGCGGCUUUGUGUCUUGUCGCUAUGGUGGUCUGGCGGUCCAGUACUCCGCCAGACAGUGAAUCAAGACACUCGUCGCCUAUCCCGGCUGAAUGGUGGGCUGCAGGGGAAGAGCUGUCGUGGCAUCGUGCAGCUGCAUGUCCUUUUCGCGCUGACGAGUUCUUGGCAGAUCGCCAAAGACGGGGUCUCAUCACCCCAGCGAAGAUUCCUUGAGCAGUUUCAGACGCCAAGCGACAUCAUGAAGCGCGGGCCACUCUUUGAUCCGGACAGUGAUGGCCGAAGCCCACUCAUCAGCGAGAUGAGUUCUUCCAGCUUUUUGGGCUCCGGCGGGUGCAGAGCUUGGCCGAUCCACGGAGCGACCAUGUCCCGAAGCACGGCUCGAGGUUCAGAUCACUCAUGGAGGCGUCGCACGCCUCUGUGGACGGACCUCAAAGCCGCCACGGAGCCUUCCAGCCCAGCAAAGCCGGUUUCUUGGGCGCUGGCAGAGGCGAGUACUCGUGAGAGCGAGGCUUUCUCCAUGGCAACCUCCAUCAGCUUCGGUCGCGAGGAUCCGCGUGUGUGUGAUGCGAGCGUGCCGGCAGCGGAAGCAACGCAGCCGAGUGCUUCCGGAAUGUCCAGCUCGAGCGCACUUCCCGCUGUGGCACGGCAGUUGGACUUCGAUGGGGCAGGAGGAGUUUUCGCCGAGGCUGACCGUAGUCCUCUGAGCCCGAUGGAUGUUUGGAACAGUCGAACAUCGUCGUUGUCCAGCCUGGACGAUCUCCGGGAGCUCAGCCUUUUGAGCUUUAGCUCCCCCAACUCUGGCGAAUUUCGACAUGAGUCAACACCGACGGAGACGGUGUUGGAAGACAAGAGCCAGAAAACUCGCAAGACGCCUGCAAACUGUGUACGACCUGGGCGACCUGCAAGAGCAAACGGGGAGACGGACAAGGCAGUACGUGGCUUGGUGCUACAUCUUUGCACCUGUUGUGCACAGGGGCGCAGCCCAAGUGGAGUGCAGAGUUGCCUCUGGAAGAGGCGAAGCUCUUUCAAUUCUUUAGCGGAGGAGUGCCUGCCAUCUACGAAGUCCUUGAACACCCGCCGAUCUCAAUCCAACUGUCGAAGGCAGUGGCUUUCGCAGGAAAGAUUCUCGCUUGAAGAGUUGCAGGCUGCAUCACGCUUCGCGCAGUAUCGCUGCGAUGAGCAUAGACGGAGCUUGCAGCUAGGAGGGCGAACAGGCCGUUGGUACCCAGGUCGUCUUGUUUGA